AUGGCCCCGCCCACCCGGAACAUUUUGUUCCUCACCAACAGUGAGCUGGGCCAAUGCAAUGUCGCCCUGGCUGUCGCGGAGGAGUUCCUGCGCCGAGGCGAGUUCCAGGUACACUUUGCGUCUUUUGGUCCAAUCGCCAGCAUGGUGAAGGGGUUGCACAAUCGCGCCGGGUGCGCUCAGAUGGCGCAAUUCCACGAGAUCCCUUCCCCAUCGAUGACCGACCUCGCGAUUCGCAGCUGCGUCGGCCUGCUGUACCAUAAACCCGGAGUGAAGGGCGCCCAAGAGGGAUUCGCCAAGGUCGGCAGAGCCAUGGAGAGUUGGAGGCCUUCGGAGUAUAAACAGGCGUACGAGGCCUGUCUAGAAAUUCUGGAUAAUGUGCAGCCGGCGAUGGUUGUGGUGGAUCCGAUCCUCCAUGUUGGUAUAGAUGCGUGCCACAGUACGAAAACCAGAUUCACGGUUCUGUGGCCUGUGCCAAUCAAGGACGUGGUGGUUGUUAACCAACCGAAGGCGGCCGUCCUUUGGAAAUAUCCAAUAACGGGAUCUGGAUUCCCAUUUCCGGUGCCAUGGAAACUAGUCCUUCAUAAUAUUUACUUGGUAUUCCGCAUCGUGAUGACCCUGGCAUUUGGAAAGUCCGUGCCGGAUGAGCUGAAGAACGGCAAGAAGCCCGAAGGACGCACUCCCUUCCCCCUGUCAAAUGCCUACGAGAAAGACGCAUUGCAGCUGACACCGGCAUUCCCCGAAAUGGACUUCCCCUUUGAGAUCCCGGACAAUGUCAUCAGCUGCGGACCUAUCCUUCGCGAGUGUGCGCCACUGUCCGAGUCCGAACCGGAUCUGGAUACGUGGCUCCAAAGGCCGACGAUUUUGAUCAGUCUGGGCUCUCACGUGCAACUGACGGAGGAAAUUGCCGUGCAGAUGGCAAAGGGCAUUGCAGCAGUCCUUUCCAAGCACCCGGAUGUGCUUGUUCUAUGGAAGCUCCGAUAUGACUGGAACAGUUCCGUUUCAUUCCAAAAGGUCCUGGGACCGCUCAUCACCGCUGGCUCGGUGAAGGUGGUAUCCUGGAUUCAACCUGAUAUCAUGUCCGUUCUCGACACUGGACGUAUUGUUUCAUAUGUGCAUCAUGGAGGAGCGAACUCGUAUUUCGAAGCCUGCAAAGUCGGGGUGCCACAGGUGGUCCUGCCUCAAUGGCUCGAUACAUAUGACUGUGCGACACGCGUCGAAUGGCUGGGAAUUGGAGUCAACGGAAGCCGGAAGGCCGCGCCCGGGAUUGAGUCGACAGAGUUCUCGAAGGCUUUGCUGCAUGUGCUGAGUGACGAUGGGAUCCGUUCCAAGUCCGCUGCGAUGAAGCAACUCUGCGGCAAGACGGAAGGGCGCGUGGUGGCUCAUGACCAGAUUGUCGAUUUCUGCUCGAUGCACUAA